GUACAGCCUUCCCUGAUUUCGAAGCCCCUCGUUUUUAAUUCGCAAUUCUUAGACCCAUCUCUAUGUAAACGACCCUUCACUUCCAAUUUCUCACAGCAGUCCAGGAGAAGCACACUCGGCGAGGAACUGCGAGAUCCACUAAAUUCCUCUUCAGAUGUCUGAUGAUGUGGAAAAUCCUAAAGUUAAGAUUGACCAAAAAGGACCAGGAGCCUCACCUCCUGCCUAUGAAAUUCAGCCAACCUGGUAUAGCAGCUUACUUCAUCAAACCUCUAUCUAUGGUGUAGCUGCAGGAUAUUGCAUUUCAGCAUCUCUGCUCUCCAUCAUCAACAAGUGGGCUGUCAUGAGAUUCCCUUAUCCUGGAGCUCUAACUGCUCUACAGUAUUUCACUAGUGCUGCUGGUGUUCUUGUCUGUGGAUGGUUUAAACUCGUGGAGCAUGACCCACUUGACCUUCUGACUAUGUGGCGUUUCUUGCCAGCAGCCAUUAUGUUCUACCUUUCACUCUUUACCAACAGUGAGCUCUUACUUCAUGCCAAUGUUGAUACCUUUAUUGUCUUUCGUUCUGUAGUCCCUAUAUUUGUUGCAAUAGGAGAAACUCUGUUUCUGCACCAGCCAUGGCCAGCAUUGAAGACAUGGCUCUCGCUGGCAACCAUCUUUGGAGGAAGUGUGCUUUAUGUUAUAACAGAUUACCAAUUCACAGUCACAGCAUAUAGUUGGGCUCUAGCUUAUUUGGUGAGCAUGACAGUAGAUUUCGUGUACAUAAAGCAUGUUGUGAUGACUAUAGGUUUAAAUACAUGGGGUCUUGUGUUGUAUAACAAUCUUGAGGCCCUCCUACUCUUUCCUCUGGAAUUGCUUAUAAUGGGUGAACUGAAGAAGAUAAAGCAUGAAAUUUCUGAUGGGUCAGAUUGGUACUCUUUUGAGGUGGUUCUGCCUGUUGGGCUGUCUUGCUUGUUUGGUUUAUCCAUCUCGUUCUUUGGGUUUUCUUGCCGGAAGGCAAUUUCCGCGACAGGAUAUACUGUUCUUGGAGUGGUGAACAAGCUGUUGACAGUGGUAAUCAAUCUGGUUAUUUGGGAUAAGCAUUCCUCAUUAAUUGGGACAGUAGGGCUUCUCAUUUGUAUGCUAGGUGGAAUUAUGUAUCAGCAAUCCACAAGUAAGCCCAAGUCUGUUCCUGAAGUAAAAUCAGAAGAAACCGAGGAAGAACAGCAGAAGCUGCUAGAAAUGCAAAGCAAACUAGAAAGCAACAACAGUGAGACAGAAGUUACUGAAUCUCAACAGGGAAAUGAGACUGUUCAAAAGACAAUUGGAUAGUUCCAUGUUAAAAGAUCAGCGUGAGGAUUUGAGGUUUUCUAGUUGGUAAGAUGUUGGAAUAGAAAAUUAUGAUACCUUAUGGAUAGCCUGUGCUUGAACAGAAUUUUUGCUAUUGCAAAUUUAGGUGCCUAAGUGGUAAUUAUUCUUUUCCUUAUAUAUAUCCUCUUCUACAGAAUUUUAGAUUUAUUAGAUAAAGUCAAACAGGUCAGGUGGAUUAUGACAAUCUAUUGAUUUAUUCUUGUUCAAUUUUUUUCCAAAUCCAAAUAGUCCCAGCAGUAAUGUCCAAAAAUGUAUUGAUUGUAACAGAGCCCAGUUAUUUUGAUUGUUAGUAAUUUUCUUUGUAUGCUGAAUGUCAUCAUUGUUUCUUGUGUCUCA